AUGGAUCCCUCCAAGAGGGAAAGCCUGCGGCGGGGGCUGUCCGAAGAAGAGCUGUCCGUGCUGGAGCCUCUAAUCCGCAGGCAUCAUUACGAGCCCGACCAGCCGGCGGGGACCUGCACCUCCCUCAUAACCCAGCGCAUCGACGCGCCGCUGGGGGCGGUGUGGUCCAUCGUGAGGAGGUUCGACCAGCCGAAGCGCUACAAGCACUUCAUCAAGAGCUGCGCCGUGACGCAAGGCGACGGCGGCGUGGGCAGCGUGCGGGAGGUGGCCGUUGUCUCCGGCCUCCCGGCCUCUACCAGCAUCGAGAGGCUGGAGAUGCUGGACGACGAGAGGCACAUCCUCAGCUUCCGGGUCAUCGGUGGCGACCACCGCCUCAAGAACUACAGGUCGGUCACCUCCGCCACCGAGUUCUCCGGCGGGGGCCCGGUCUACACCCUCGUGCUGGAGUCCUACGUGGUGGACAUCCCCGAGGGAAACACAGAGGAGGACACAAGGAUGUUCACUGACACCGUCGUCAAGCUCAACCUUCAGAAGCUUGCUGCCGCCGCUGCCGCCCCCCUUUCCUCCAGUUGA